CUAUUCCCAACAUAGUAAAUCUCAUAGUGCAGCAUAUUUUUGCGAUAACUGUUUGCAAUUUUAUAGUACUACAAAUACUAUUCACGACACUAAGGAGUGUGGAAAAGUUGCGGCUCUAUAUCCAGAACCCAAUACUAAAACCAUAUUUAAAAGUUGGUCGAAAAAACUUUCACCCCCAGUCGUAAUUUAUGCUGACAUCGAGGCUGUUUUGGAAAAUUUCCAUAGAAAUCUUAAUGAUCCCUCCAAAUCAUCGACUACUAUGGCGCAGAGGCAUACAGCAUGUGCAGUUUCAUUUUAUGUUGCACAUAAAUACAAUCCUCAUCUAAAUGAGAUGUGGACAUAUGAAGGACCUGAUUGUAUUGAAAAAUUCUGUCAAGUGCUUAGGGCUAAAACUGAUGGCCUUUAUGAGAAGUACUGGAAAUCUAGUAAAAAGCCCAUAUAUGAAUUCAAUAUUUGGGAUGAAGACUGUCAGGAACACGAAGCGUGCUGUGCCUGCGAUGAGCAAAUUUUGGUUGAUGAUCGUGAAAAAUACUUCAAUCAAUUCACGGGCCAAUAUGUAGGGCCUAUUCAUAAGGUCUGUAAACAAACAUUUAGAUUAAGCGAUCCCUUUUUCCCUGUAGUGUGUCACAACUUGUCUCGAUAUGACAUCCACUUAUUUGUAACAUCGAUAAGAGAUGAAUUGAAACCCAUUCCUUGCAAUAAAGAGUUAUAUAUUGCGUUAACUCAAACUUGCAAGCUUGAUUCACAUCUUCAUCAAUAUAAAAUAAGAUACAUAGAUUCAAAUAGAUUUUUAAAUUCGAGCUUAGAAAAACUUGCUAGCUAUAUGGAUGUAUCCAAUUUCAAAAUAUUGAACAGCAAAUAUCAAAACGAAAAAUUUGACAUGCUACGAAGAAAAGGAGUAUUUCCCUAUGACUAUUUAGAUAGUUUUCAAAAAUUUGAGGAAUCCCAGCUCCCUUCAAGGGAAUAUUUUUAUAAUUCUCUGAAUGAUGAGGAAUGUAGCGUGGAAGAUUAUAACUUUGCUCAGAGCGUGUGGAGAAUGUUUAACUGUACUAGUAUUAGAGAUUACUUAAAAUUAUACUUGGAAAGCGAUGUUCUAAUUCUUGCCGAUGUAUUCGAAAAUUUUAGAACUCUUUGUUCACGAGUAUACAGACUAGAUCCCAUUAAUUAUGUUACUGCUCCUUCAGUUUCAUGGGAUGCAAUGCUUAAAUACACAAAGAUAGAAUUGGAACUUAUAAGUGAUCCUGAUAUUUAUAACUUUUUAAAAACUGCAGUCCGGGGAGGGUUGACUCAAAUGUACCCAAAGGAUCGCUACAGCAAAUAA